UAACCUGUAUUAAGUAGAUAAUUUCCAUAAGUAUUCACUUCUUGUUCGUCAUUGGUUAAACCAUCUUAACAUGCGAUGUUGCACGGACUGCGUUACGAUCUCGGCGAUUUUCACUAUAGUGGAAAGCUUGUGGGGCUUGACAUGGACUAUCUGGUCGUUGCUAAUGUUAAAAAAUCCGGAGUUGUUUUUGAAUGGCACGACUGCCCAAACUACAGUGGGAAGACUGGCAAAAUCUUUCGACGUUUUAGAACCAUUAGGAGUUGACUUCAGUCUCGUCAUUUUUGAAGCUAUACUGAACGUGUUCUGGAUUGUUUGUGGAUUCGUUUUACUCUGUGGAUAUAAACUGCGAAAACAAAUCGUCUAUGUUAUCCCCUGGACUGUGGUGACACUGUUCGUUAUCUUGUACGACGUAUCAGUUACUAUGUAUUACAUAUAUCGUCUUGUGUGCAAAGCUGCACAAGGAGUUAUCUCUGCUGUGCCAACUGCAGUAAUCAAACCACGUAUUUUAACGUUAUAA